AUGGAGCAAUCUACCCAGCCCACUGGGCAACAGCAGAAUAGACAGCAGCCCGUCUAUGACAUCCGGAACGGCGGUCACUAUGGUGCUAGCGCAGCUCUCUCAGCACAAGGUUACGCGCCUGUCGCGGAGUUGUACACGGGGACUUGGUCAAAUGUGAACCAAGGACUCCAGGGCAAUUCUCGCGAUAUCUUGACUACAUACUGGCAGCAUAUCAUUAAUCAUCUAGAAACCGACAACCAUGACUACAAAAUUCACCAACUACCCCUUGCACGUAUCAAGAAAGUCAUGAAGGCUGACCCUGAAGUCAAGAUGAUAUCUGCAGAAGCCCCGAUAUUGUUUGCCAAAGGAUGUGAUAUAUUCAUCACAGAACUAACCAUGCGCGCUUGGAUCCACGCUGAAGACAACAAGCGCAGGACCUUACAACGCUCCGAUAUUGCGGCUGCUCUCGCAAAGUCGGAUAUGUUUGACUUCCUUAUCGACAUUGUGCCUCGAGAGGAGGCUACUUCUCAUGCCAAGAGGUCUGGCCAAGCUCCCGGUGCUGCCGGUGCUGCAGGAACAGCCCCUACAGCACCUGCUGGACACAUUCCUCCCACUCAGGGUGGAGUUCAGCACCCUCAACAUCACAUGGGUGCUCCUGAAUAUGCUCUUGGACAACACACACUUCCCCAGGAUCAGGAUUACCGAAACCAACCUGGCAUGUACCCUGGCACUGUACAGAAUGACCCCGGAGCGUAUGGCCAACCCCAGCCUCAGAUGUUUGAUGGCAUGUAUACAGCAUACUCGCAUUUGCCCACCCAACAGGUAAGGCCACGUUGA